AUGAAUACACACAAUGGGGAGGCAGACGACGGUACCAAGCUCCAGGAGAUGGGAGUGGAGGUAGACAACGGGGUGCAGAGGGCCUCAGGAGAUGAGAGCGGAGGUAGACAACGGGGUGCAGAGAGCUCCAGGAGACGGGAGCGGAGAGAGCUCCAGGAGAUGGGAGUGGAGGUAGACGACGGGGUGCAGAGAGCUCCAGGAGACGGGAGUGGAGGUAGACGAUGGGGUGCAGAGAGCUCCAGGAGACGGGAGCGGAGAGAGCCUCAGGAGACGGUCCAGGGAGUGGAGGUAGACGAUGGUACAACAUCAAUAUUUGAGGAGACGUUGGGAGUGGUCCAUUGGGAGGCAGAUGACAAGACAGUCUAA